GAUUCGCUUGUUGUUGAUUACCGCGGCGAGUGAAGAACAGUUUGGCGAUUGCGACAUUUUUUUACCGGACUUGUAGUCGAAUAAGCAGCAAUGAGCGGGAUCGUAAACAUCGCGGGUUUGGGUGUUUUAUGGUUGUGUUGCUAUAAGGUUGUUUGUUCACAGGAGGAAAACGUCCAAAUUAAGUUAAAAAGCGGGAUUUUACAAGGGAAUAUCAAACCACUGGACAACGGACAAACUUACUACAACUUCCAAGGAAUCCCUUAUGCUUUACCACCAGUAGGAAAACUAAGAUUCAGUGAUCCAAUACCAUUCAAGAAAUGGAACGGAAUAUUAAAUGCUACCUCUCCAGGUCCAAACUGUGUGCAACUAUUAAUGAAACAAACCAAGUUUUCAGUGGCAGGACAAGAAGAUUGUUUAUAUUUGAACGUGUUUACUCCGCAAAAUCCUCACACGAUAGAAAAGCCAUUAGCGGUAAUGGUUUGGUUUUACGGAGGCUCCUUUCGUGAGGGAAGUGCGGAUAUUUAUAGUCCCGAUUAUUUUAUGCAAGAAAACAACGUCGUAAUUGUUACUUUCAACUAUAGGCUCGGAUUUUUUGGUUUCCUAAGCACAGAAGACGACUAUGCCCCAGGCAACUAUGGAAUGAAAGACAUGGUCCUGGCCCUAAAAUGGGUGCAACGUAACAUUCAUAAAUUCGGAGGUGACAAAAACAGGGUGACAAUAUUUGGUGAAAGCGCCGGGGCAGCGGCUGUAGGCUAUUUGAUGUUAUCCAAUCAAAGUAAAGGGUUGUUUUAUGGGGCUGUAAUGCAAAGUGGUUCGCCCCUUUGCAGUUGGGCUUUACACAGAAAUGCCAGGAAGGUUGCUUUUGAUUUGGGUGCUGCCCUAGGACUUACCACAAACAACUCAGCAACGCUGGUUAAUUAUUUAAGGUCUGUAGACUUGCCCAGAGCUGGACAAGCGAUAAUAAACGUCAAUUUAGUGAAUUUUGUCACGUCUUUUGAAAAUGGCGGACCUUUUGGGCCAGUUAUCGAACCUCCAACUAAAGAUGCGUUUCUAACGGUCCAGAGUUUUAAAGCAUUUCAAUCGGGGAGCUUUAAUAGGGUGCCUGUCAUGAUGGGGGUGAAUAGUCAGGAGAGUAAAUUUUUCACUCCAAUGCUAAAGAUUAGUUUGCCUGUGUUCAUUUACAAUGACCUUAGUCCCAGUUCCCUGGCUAGAGGGUAUAUGAAUGUUAGGAAUUAUAGGGAUAGACGGGAAAUAGGACAAAGGAUAAAGCAGCGUUAUUUUAAGUCAAACAGUUUUGCGCAAGCGUCAAAAGCUGAGUUGGUCGAGUUUUUCAGUGAUGACUUAUUUGUCAAACCGAUCAGCAAGACAGCUCAGCUGUUGUCCAACUACGUUCCAGUAUACUUUUACGUCUUUGACUAUGAAGGGCCCAUGGCUAAAACGUGGAUGAAUUUCAUAUCUGAGGACAAUAAGGAAAUGAAAGGUACUGCGCAUGCUGUUGAGUUAUGGUAUAUGUGGAAACCACUUUGGACUAAUCAGAGGUUAAAUGGUCAAGAGGAGCAGCUGGUUUCUCGUAGGUUGGUUAAGCUUUGGACCAACUUUGCUACUCAAAGUAAUCCCACCCCCACCAAGGACUCGUUAUUCAAAAACUCAGUUUGGCCAAAAGUCUCUCCCCCAGACGUAAAUUAUUUCUGGAUCGGUAAAGGCAUAGAGACAAGGAAAAACUUUAAAGCGAAAAACAUGCAGUUCUGGGAAAGUCUUUAUGGAAACUUCUCCAGUGGCCCCACGAUAUUAUAUUAAGAAUCGUUUUUUGUUAUAUGGUUAUUUGUAUUAUCUGUGAUAUGGUUAUUUAUGUUUUAUGGUUAUAUGGUAAAAUGUUCCAAAUAUAUCAAUUUAUUUAUA